AUGAGCAGUUCCGAGUCCUCCUUCGCGCCCGAUGAAGUUUCCGAUUCCGAGUCCGCGCUGAGCGUCGAUCAACAACCGCACCAAUUGCGCACUCGACGUUCUUCUUCCCGGGUAGCUGCUCUAGACACUUUACCAGACGAGGAAUUUGAUAGCAAGCCUGCGUUGUUGUCUGAUUUCGAAGAUGGAGUGAGUAUUGACAGAGGACCGCAAGUCAUCAGUCGCGAGAACGAAUUCGGCCCGUUUGAUGACAUUGUCGAGAAUUUGUCGGCCAGAACUCUCGGAUUAUACUCCUCUCUCCUUACCGAGAUCAAGAACGAUAUCAACUUUUCAUCGACCAAGGAAGAUGAAGAAUUAUACAAUGUCCACCAGAAUGGCGCGGUGAUCUGGACUGCGACAGAGAAGGAAGUUCUAUACAAUGUUCUUGAUCGGAAAGGCAAGAAUGGAAUCAAAGAGAUAGCUGCAGCCAUCGGUACAAAAUCCGAACUCGAGGUGUUGGAUCAUCUGCGACUCCUUCAACAAGGUCUCCAAGGUCAACACCGUAUUGGGCGACACGUCAAGACGAUUGUCAUGGGGGAUGUUCCUGGCGCCGCCGAAAUCAGCGAAGCAUGCUGCGCCGAGCUAGACGAGUACGCGCAAGGACUGCGAUCCAAGGAGGAGCUCGCAGCCGCCAUUGCUGGCCGCACGCGCUUUGGUGAGAAUUGGAAUGUCGACAGCGAUCGGGCUGAACAGCUGCUGGCAGCUGAUGAAAAUGUAGCCCUUCGCGGCGAUAUACAAUUACCAGCCGGCUUGCUGAAUCUUCCGACAUGGGUCAAGCUUCAGCAGCGAUUCUUCAUGAACUUUGGAGGCUCGAAAGAGGAUGACAAUUGGAUGAAUCUUGUGACUUCCAGGAAAGAGUCGCCGUCUCUCAGUGGAGAGGCGCUGAUGGACCUCUACGCUUUGGCCGUCAGCAUUACUCGUCGACUCAUCCAGUCUGUCCAAUUUAUCGCCAUGAGUCGCAUUCGAAGUCAGAGUCUACAUGGUCGUGAACGAGCCAAUGCGGUCCGUCGCAAGGAUGUAAAAGCUGCCAUGGAGAUUCUAAACAUGCGCCCUCGGCGGGACAAUUUCCUUCUAGACGUUGCCCGAAACAACGAGCUGGUCAUCGAGGACAGCCGCAAGACCAAGGGCUGGAAGACUCGCGAGUUGAGCUACAAUGAGGCCGAGGAAAUUCUCAAUGGUGAAACAGACUACUUUCGGAAAUCCGAGACCGAUGCUAUGCCUGGAGCCGCAGCAAACGACAGUGACGGAGAUGAAGAACUUGACGAUGCUGAAGACGUUGAAUCUGACGAGGACUCGAUCCAACGUGCGCCAAGUCACGCUCAAGAUACAACCGACCAUCUCUCUACAACGUCUUCAGAAGUCUUCUCGACAACUUCAGACAGCGACACAGAAUUCCUAGACCUCGAAGAAGAGCACGCCGACACUCUCGAUCGCGAGCACAGUCGUGUAACAGAGCUUCACCUAUGGCAAAUGCUCGGCAAACCCCCUCCGCCAAAACUCGAAAUACCCAUCGCCACCGAAGAAAAUGACAAAGAAGCGUUUCGCAAACCCCCAGCCGAGCGCAAGGCUCCUCAUGAACUGGUCGAUUGGCGAGAUCGUGUGUUGUAUCGUGGUGAAUGGGAGGAAUUUGGCUAUGAAGCCGGUGAUGUAGAAGAGGCGCUGAUUGAAAAUCGCCGCAAAAAACGUCGAACAGAGCAAUUUCUCUCUGCUUCAGUCGUCAACAGUGAAGACGACGAAUCUAGCGAAGAUAAUGAUACCCAUCGCCCGCAACUCGGAGCGGAGGAGCACACGCGAGUUGAGCCUCCAAAGUAUGGCUCUGCUGGCUGGGAGGCUUUUCUUCAGUCAUUCUUAACGCCCGGAGAAGCUCCGUCUGCAGGGCCUACGACUGAUUGA